GAGCACGCACAACAAGGAUGCACGAGAACAUCGUUGGUAUCCGUAAAAGCUUUGUAUUUCUUGGCAGGCUCCUACUUCACUAGGCACCAACUGAAAAACUCUUGCUUGGCUACAAUCAUGUUAGAGAGAAUCAAGCCCCUUGUAUGCUUCUUUUACUUUUCAAUGGUGUACAUCUCUUGGGGAUAUCCUGACUGCGGCGGUCGAGAAAUCCCUCUUCCUCUAUUUCCAUCACAGCCGUGCUCAACUACUGGACGGGUAUGGCAUUUUGAUUUCAGCUUCCCCACUGAAUAUGAGAUUACUGCGGUGCAGAUCUACGUUUCUGACCAAGUUACUGGCGACAGCAAAGUUGAAUGGAUUCUAUUCCAGGCGCUUCUUUCAAACACAUAUGUGACUCGUGAUUGGUUCAAGCCACGACACGGUUUUGGGGAAUUAUUACAUCGUGGCUCCAUUAUUGAGGCACGAAACGGUUCUGGGAAAAAGUUAGUACUUUCCAAACCAGUUAUAACUCGGUCUUUGAGAAUUGUGCUGGGAAGACCCCGCCAUACCCUUCGCACCCGAAUUUGUUUUCUUGGUGUAGUGUUUGGAUGCGAGGCAACCCCUCAAGGUUGUAUUAUGCCUGGCUCUCCAGUCCUCUUCAAAGAAGAAGGAAAAUAUUUGAAAGGGCGCUUUUCGUUGACCACGAGACGUUCCGGAUGGGAGAUUGUUUAUGGAAAAAAAUUCAUCUAUAAUAACAAAAAUAUUAUUCUUGAUGAGGGACCACCAAGCGAGCUGCUUAAGGGAACUGUAGUCGUUGGGAAAGAUUCGGAAGGGAACUUACGAGAGGGUAAAGCAAAACAAAUGUGCUUGUACCCAGAUCAGUGCACGAUCGAGACCAAUGGUGCAGAAUGGCAAAGUAAAUUCGAUGACGUCAGGCUUUUGACAGGAAAACUGUGUAAAUAAUCUGCGUUUACUAUUGCUUUUGGUAUUUAACUCUCAUCCCGCAGUCUUGUUUUUUUCUGUUUGAAUUCUUCACCAGUUUAAAACCAGUUGUUCAGCGCUAAGAUGUUUUGUCCACUUUGCGCAUUUCUCUCUUCUCAGUACGGCAUUCUGUGUUUUAAAAGAUAGAUUACUUUUCAUUUCAGAGUUAUUUGUAUAUGAUGUAUGGAGGAGGAACGUUUGAGUGCUUAACUUGCCAAAAAACAACUAUCUACAUAGAUGAAGGCCUUCGCUCUCACAAUGUGAUCGAUCCUCCUUCUCACGAGCUGCUGAAGUCAAAUAAGAGAUAAUUUUAUCAUAAGAACGCUUUAUAUGGACUUAUUUUAGAUCAUAAAAAUCAGGGUCUCUGUACAUAUAUUUAAAUGCUUAAUAAACCUGAAGG